AUGAGCCAACGGCCCACUUCCACGACUGGUUGUGCCGUCUGCGGCGAGCGACAUCAUGGGCAGCACUUCGGUGUGCUCGCCUGCCGCGCCUGCUCCUCGUUUUGGCGUCGCUCGUUAGUCGAGCGCAAGACCUACAAAUGUCGGAACAACUCGAACUGCGACGUGAGCAAGGCGGAGAUGCGCAACACUUGUCGGGCCUGCCGUUUGGAGCGUUGUCGACAGGUGGGGAUGAAGGGCGAGAUCCCGUGCGCCGACAUUCAUGAGGAAACGCCCAGCUGCUCGCCCAAAAUGAGUGCAAUCUACUCGGACUACAGUCCCACAAUGACACAGAUGAGUGGCAUUGGUGGGGUGGGGGCGAACAUGGUCUGUUUUGAUGUGAGUUGUGACAUUUUUUGCUUUUUUGCAACUUUUGAGCGUUUUCAAUUUCUUUCGAUUUAAUUUUUUAGAUUGAUUUUUGAAAUCAGAAUGUUUUCCAGACGUAUUUUACCAAACGAUUUUUUUAUUAGCAGCUUCUCUUUUCAGCCCUUCAACCCUCCCACCCAUGAACUCGAGAAAUUUGUUGCCCAUUACCGUAACUUCUGCAGCGCCGAACGGUCCAUGUACAUAGUUGAGAACCCGGAGGACCUGUUCAGCACACUGGAAGUGAGUUUAUCUGACAUUUCCUUGAUUUUGAGCCGCACUAAAUAUUUGGUCUUUGCAAGUUACUGUAAUUCUUUUUUUUUCAUACUUGAGGGUUACUGUAAUCCUCACGCUCUUUAUCACCUAAAAGGAAGACUUGAGCGGACACUUUUUUACGGCAGAGAAGCUAGCGCUAGCGGAAAUAUUUCGCUGUUUUAUGAGAGAGAAUGCGGGAUGAGGAGAGUCGGCCAGAGUGAAAAAGUUUUUUUUGGCCGCAUCUCUGAUAUUUUCGUUCCAAAAAAUGUGUUUUUGAGGAGACGUAAAAAAUUUGAUUACAAGCAUGUACUACCAAAAAAAACCCAUCGAAAUUUCGUCAACAUAGAGCCCGAUCGCUAACUUCAGAGGGAAGAGAAAGAGGAAAUUUUUUGUGGAACUUUCGGUCGAUUUUUCUCGUCAACCGGGCUUAUUCCGCAACUGGAAAAUGACUCCUUUUACCAAUGUUGACCUGCUGUAUCCGCAUUUUCCCAACCGCGAAGAAGUUCAGACCAUUCCAUUGUUAGAACUGUCUUUGACAAUAUUAGUCUAAAUUUGCGUCUACAUAUUUUCACUCACGUUUCAACGCCAAAUUUUGAGCACUUUCUAGAGUAUGUAAAUAAAAUUUCGGACAUUCUCUGCAAAGGAUGAUCUAAAAUAUAAUAAUUCAUAAGGUUUGGGGUUUAUUUUUUCUUUUGCUCAGAUUGACUUGAUUUUUGGCAUGGGGGUUCUUUUAGAUGCUCUCUUUGAGUAUUUGAAAAAAAAAAUUCGAAAUUUUCAAUUUUGAGUGACCUAUGACGUCAUGAAAAGUCGAAACUUUGAGCUACCAUAUCUCGCUUCGUUUUAUAGGUAUCGACUUGAUUUUUGGUUUCGUCGCGUAUGGUACAUAAUGGGACAAUCACUGUCGAGAUUUUUUCGAAAUUUCAAAAUUUACGAAAAAAAUCUCAAAAAAAGACCUUUUUUCGUAUCUUUUAAUUAGACCGGGGAAUAUUCAAAUGCAAGCUUCUACAGGUCCAUAUCGGGAAAGCAAAUUCAUAACUAAGAGAUAACUCCAUGUAUGUGUAGAUACGACCAUGUACAAAGUUACACUUCCAGAAAACCCCGUCAUGAUGACGGAUUUUCUGGAUUUUUUCGAUUCCAUUGAAUUCCACGUACCUGACUUCCUAUUAGUACGUAUCUUUCAGUCCUGUACUCGCCUUCGUAUUUUAGUUAUGCCUUACUGUAAAAAAUACGAUUUGCACAGUGCAAAAUUCAAAAAAAUCAUUCUCGGCUCCCAGAUCGAAAUUCAAAAAAAUCACUCGCAAAUCUUAUUUUUUUUGCCCCAAGAUUGUCCCUAAAUUUUUUCAGAACAUUCUACGUAGCCAUCUCCUCAAAAAAAUCUCGGGACGGAAAACGCAAUUUUUCGAAAUUUUCAAAAUUUUGACUUUUUCAAAAUUUUCUCUCUGAUGUACAACAACGAUGUCAAAAAUGUCCAACUAUGGAUUGUAGAGCUCGAAGAGCUCUACAAAUUACCCGCUUAUACCGUCUGCGUAUCUUUAAAGUUACGGCCGUCAGAGCGGCCGGAAAUUUCGGUCGAUUUUUGCUGCACCGUGCGAAAAAAAUCGCCCUCGGGGCAAUUAGCGGAGUUGAACAAAUUGAUCAUAUGGGUGCGAUAGGACACAAAAUGAACUACCAUCGUGCCAAGUUUCACGUCUCUAUCUGCAAUAUUCGAUGCGCACUGUACCGUCAAAAAAAAUUCUCGAAAUUUCGACCAAAAUUCGGCCCUGAGGGCUUGGAAUCGAAUUUUUUCGGAUUUUAAUUUCGUCCAUCGUAUUCAGCACGGCAAACUGAUGUAGAAACAGGUAUCGACUCCUAAAAUACGGACAAGGUGAAAAGGCAGUGUUGAAAUUUCCGAAUUUUUGGAUUUUACUUACUUUGACGAAAGUUACCAUAGCUCGGGAACAAGGUCGAAAUUCAAAAAUCGCCUCGGUUAAAUGAUAGCGAGUCGCAGUAUCACUCUACAACCGGAAUAUCGGAGAUGUACAAACAAGCUAUGAACGCAAAUCGUGUGAACCCCGGAGGCACCCAAAAGACAAAAUUUUGUAAACCCGAUUUUUCUCUUAAAUUUCCAACUAAAAUUCGUCUAAAAGUUACAUAUUCGGAAUCUCCGUGUCAUUUUGGAUACAGUCGUAUCUUUUUUCCCGGCACUUUUAGUGCAACAAGUGCCAGUUUUGAAAAAACGCCCACUUCCAUGGCCGAAAACACAAAAAAAGAGCGCGGCGAAGAGAGAGAGCGGGCAGAGAACCGCUUCCUUCUUCGUUUGGCGGGAGAAAAGAGAGAGUGGGAAAGGGGAGGAGGGUGGUUAGACAAAGGUUUUCUCUUUCGAUUCCGGUUAGAGAUAAGGCGAAGAGAGUGCUGAGUGUGAGGAGGGCGGUACGGAAACUGUCAUCGUGAGGCGUAAUGACGGGGUUUUCUGGAUUUUUUCGAGAAAUUUUUGUAAAAAUAUUUUUUUGGUCCUGGAUUCUCGGGAUUUGGCCGUUUUAGGGCCAAAUUUGACGGGGAAUCUGGGAAAAAUAUUGGCUUUGGUUAAUUUUGAGUGCUGAGUCUAUUUUUUCGAGUUUUUUUAGUUGAUUUUUGGUUGCUGAAAGUAUUUCUGAUCAACUUUUGGGGAAGGGGAAUUAUUUUAGGUAAAAAAAUGUAGUCUCGCGGCGGCCGUAGGCCGUCGCCUCAUGCCGGCGGGCUCUUUAGCCGGGCUUAGCGAUCUGGGACUGACCUGAGCUUAGCGAUUAGGGUAAAUUCUCGAUCUAAAACAAAGUCGGCUUAGCGUUCCGAACGCCACAAGUUUCUACUAGGCUCAGUCUAACGCGUAGCGUUUUUCUGCCGCGGCCGGAGGCCGUCGGCAAAGCUUUGGCGAGCGUUUAUGUUGUUUUGGACGUUGAACAGGUCCAAAUCGCGCGAAGAGUAGCAAUACCGGGCGCAAAGCAGCGAAACCGGGCGCAAAGCUGCCUUUAUCCGCAGGGCUGCUCGAGAGACGGUAGCAGCCGCAGGCUGCGUUAGUCUCGAGCCCUAGUUCCAAAAACUCAAUUUCCAGGACAUGACAUUCAAGCCCAUCACCCGUCCCGAGCACAUGCGAAUGGAGCGGGGCACCGUCUCCUUAAUCCACUCCCUCCUCCUCGACACCACCCCCGCCUACUCGCAGCUCUCGCGAGAGCACAAGAUCAUAUUGGUCAAGACCUUUUCCUCCGAAUUCCUGUGUCUGCAUCGGUCGUUUGUGUCGGCCAAAGUGUACAAAAACCAGCCACGGGUCAUCAUGCAUUACGGAUAUUACGUGGACGAGGAAUGCGCAAAGGUCUUCUUCGAGGGCUCGGAGAAAUUGGACGAGCACAUGAAGUUCGCGAGGCCGAUUAUCCGCAGCAUGCUGAUUACUGUGCGGUUGCUGAGGGAUAUGGAUAUUAGUGAGACGGAACUGAUGGCAAUGAGCAUGCUCAUGUUUUAUAAUGGAUGUGAGUUUUGAAAUUUUUUUAUUUUUUUGGGGCAAUUUUUUUUUUUUUUUUUUUUUUGAUUUUUUUACUUUUAAAAUAAAAAAAAAUACUGUAAAAAGAAUUUUUUUUUGCAAUUUUUAUUUUAUUUUUUUAGUUUUAAAAAAAUCCUAAAAAAUUUACAAAAUUCAUUUUUGCACUGUGCUAAAAAAUUAUUUUUAAUCGCACCGUGAAAACUCAUUUCUGACUCUCUAAAAAAUUUAAUCAGAAGAAUAGCUUUUUCAGUGCAUGAGAUGCAACUGGUAACCCCCGAAAUUCAACGACUCAUUGACGCCAUCAACACUGAGCUUGUGUACUUCCUAACAGCGACCUAUGGAAUCGCGAAUUUAGGGCCAAGACUGGGAAGUCUUCAUCGAUUCAUCCAUCAUAUUGUGGUAAGUUUAACUAGCAAUCAAAUCUUUUAUAAAUUUCGUCUUUUUUACAUUUUUUUAUUUUUGAAAUUAAUUUUUUUUUGAUUUCAGAAGCAAGGCACAGAAAUGCGGGAAUCGCUGGUAAUGGCCCGAGUAUUUUUCCCGGACGCCGGCUCCGAAAUUUGGGAGAAUUUGAACAUUUACGACGAGCUUUCUCCCAAGGACCUGCCGUUUUCCUCGCCAAGCGUGUUCACACAAUAA